CUUCUCGAUUUUACCACAUAUAAUAUCAACAUGUGGGCUUUUCGAUCUAGUCAGAGAACACUGGCGACAUCAUGUCUAUUCUCUUGUCGUAUUCAAACUAGCAUUUAUCAACGUACAUUUACCACUGAUAUCAAGAAUGUAGGGAACAAUGACAAAAACCUUAUAGACUAUAUAAUCCGCACGAAAGCAAAAACACCUACUUCCACAACGAACUCAACCAAUGUCAAAAAUCCCAAAAAUCGAUACCGUCGUCGUCGUCUUUUGAAUAAACUCAAAAAAAGAGUUUAUGCACAUUCAAUGUCCAAGGAUGUUACCUCACCUGUCAAACUCUCUGUACGGAAAAAGAAAACUUUUCAAAACUUGGAACCUAUUUUACUAGAUGAAACAAAACAAGAUCUAGAUGAGUCUUGGCAUGAAUUAGAUAUAUCUUCACAAUACAAACGCAUUUACCCAGAUGAACAUAUACCUGUUGCCACUCUAGCCCAUGGUUUAGAUAAAACACUAUUUAAAUCUGGUGUUCAUCCUCUGAAAGAUCUAAGCUCAAAGAAAUUCCUAUUUUCACCUUAUUUGGAAAAUAUCACUCAACCAGACCAAUUUGAUUAUGACGCCAUGUUACCUUACAGAACUGCUUCCGAAGACAAGACUCUAAUUGCCAUGGCCAAAAAAGAACAUGCUCGUUAUACUGGAUCGACUUCUUCUCUUUCAGGUGUAUUAUGUCAACUUUAUUUUAGACUUUCUAAUCAUCGACCACUGGAUACUGCUCACUUUUCUCGAGGUUUUGUGAAUGAGCCAAAUCAACAUACACGUGGAAGUCGAGUACCAAAAACUAUUUAUUUACGAUGGAAGGAUGGUGUUUAUGCCGUAGAUGCAGAUAAAUCAUUUGAUGGAGAAGAAACAGUUUUAUCAUAUUUGGGUCGGUCUAUGGAAAAAAUGUUGACGAUGGAACCAAAGAAAUAUGAACGAUAUUUGAAGGAAAAUUCAUCUAUGGUGACUGAAGAUGAACGUAAUGCUCCUGAAGCUUUUGCUUAUGGUAAAUUUGGUCAUCUCUUUUUACGAUCACAAUUAGAUUGUUCUCAUGGCAAACUUCCUCGGCGCAACUUUGAUUUAAAAACAAGAGCAACAUUACCCGUUCGAUUGGAUAUUCCUCAUUAUAAAGAAUACUAUAAUUACAAAUUAGAACAACAUCAUGGUCUUCACUAUUCAUUUGAAAGGGAAUAUUAUGAUAUGAUGCGAGCUGCUUUUUUGAAAUACAGUUUCCAAGUACGAAUUGGGCAUAUGGAUGGGAUUAUGGUGACAUAUCAUAAUACAAAUACAAUCUUUGGAUUUCAGUAUAUCUCAAGAAAUGAAAUGGAUGCAAGAUUAUUUGGAACACAAAAGAUGGGGGAUCAGGUCUUUACAAGUUGUUUAUCCAUGAUGGAAAUUCUAUUUGACAAAUUCACUAAACAAUAUCCAAAAACGACAUUACGAAUCACUUUAGAUUGCUCUGAACCAAAGUAUGAAGAUAUGCGCAUCUUUGUGGAACCUGUCAAUGAUGACGAAAAUACAACAACAAAAACCGGGGAACAAGCAGUAUAUGAUGAAUCUGUUAGCGACCAUUUAUCCAUGUAUCGACUCUAUACACAAUCUUAUCUGAACAACAAAUUGAUCCAGGGACCAGUUUCGGUGAAUAAGGAAUCGGAUGUAUGGGAUAUAUAUUACAAAUUAGAAGAACAACAAAAUAUACCAAAGGAAGACUUGAUGACCAAACUCAAGAAAUUACGACGAUAUCAAGCAACUGCCUUCUUACCCCAAUCAGAAGAAUCUCCAAAGUUUUUGAAUCGGUUCAAGUCUCCACGUGUGAUCUCUGAAAAGAAAUCAUUACCCACAGAUGAAGAUUUGGAAAAAUUGAACCUUACAAAACAAUCUUCCCCUUAGUGUAUAGAUAUGUUAGAUUUUUUUUUUCUUUUUGGCAAUAGAAUUAGUAUUUGUAUAUAGUUUUUAUUUUGAAAUGAAACGUUAAAAUAAAUUGAAUUAUGAAACAAAAAAAAA